AUGGUCAUACGAUGCUUCUUUCGACAAGCUUCGACCGUCACAAAGAAAAGGAUUCCCAAAACCCAGGCAGAAGCUGCCAGCAGCUCAGGACGGCAACGGAAUUCUCGUCAUGAAAUUGUCAAUCAGCAACUUUGUGACCAAAUCCUCGAUCGUAUCAAAACAACGUUACCUGCUCCCCACAGUUGCGAUCUGAUCGAUAUCUACCCUGGCGAAGGUCUUUGGUCUCGAGCCCUCCAUGCUAUCCUUAAACCUCGGCGUCAUGUCCUCGUCGAACCGGCGCUGUCAACAUAUUCUGUCCACCUCGAUACCUUAUUAAGUCCGAAAGGAACACCAUAUCGACAUACGAAUCUCCUUGAAGAAGCUUUCGAUCCGACUCAAAAAAUGCUCUCCAAAUAUGACACUGAUCAUGACGAGGCUUCUGGAAAAAUUCCUCGGCUGAAUCCAUCUCUAUUAAUUACGGCAAAUCUGUCUGGUGCCCCUCUCAGGAUUGCCAACUACACUGGAACUCAGAGCAGAAAGUUCUUCGACGAUCUAUACUUAUCGCUAUGGAAGAUUCGGGGCAAUAUUCAUCGAUACGGUUUGGUACGAGUGUUGGCAUGGGUACCAGAUGGCGAGAAAGAUGCAUACAUUCCUCGAACAGUAGCUGCCCGCCGGAAACAGUCCAUCAUGUUGGAAGCUAGUUAUGCUAUUAGUGAAAUCGCUGGUGCUUCAAAUGAUACCAAACUCACUCGUUUCACCAGGUGGCCUGACAUCGAUGUGCAAGAUCACAUUCGAGUCGCAGCUGAAGAGCAAACCAGAGGACUCAAGACACCCGAAUCAAGACGUGAGCAGAUUCCCCAGCCAGACCUCCUUAGCUUCAAACCGACUUCGAAAUCCAUUCGAAAAGGAGCCUUCACAUCUGAUGCAGAGUGGGUGUUCAAAUUUAUGGAGUUGGACGACUGGCUGAAGAAACACGACUCCGCUUGGUACAAGCGAAACGCGUCGGGCCGUUUCAGAGGUAAACAUAUUGACAGCGCCGAGCGAAACGGUGCGGAGCGAAAAGCAUGGCGGCGACUAUUGAAGGUCGCCGAAACGCGACAUAAAACCCAUAUGAAGGCGGUUGGUCUCGUCAAACAACAACGGGAGCUUUUCGCAGAGUGGAAGAGUCUGGUCUUGACGGCUGAGAACAAUACCUUGGCGCCCGGGGAAGAGAAGCGACUUCAGACUCUUGCGGAAAACCUCGAUCAGCAAAUCAAAAAGUUGAACCGAACCAACAAAGUUUUCGCAGAAAAGGCCAUUGAUGACCUUAGAGCAUACGACAUGUCUCCGCCCAUCAUGUGGUGGAAUAAACGCGAAGCUGAACCAUUGAUUGUAAACGAUAGUGAUUUCCACCCUCCUCAACAGUCCAUGGCACUUCUCGAUGUCGUUCCUCGACCGGAAUUCCUCUCCCGAAUCGAUACCCACGACAAGAUGGUCUGCUUCGGCUAUGUUGUGAAAACUCUAGCAACCCAUAUCGCCGGCAGUCUAGCCGAUGCUUUGAAAUCACUGGUCCACGAGGGUUAUGAGGAAUUCGUCAAGACCAUCCCUAGCAUACAUGAUCCGACCAAGGGUGGAUGGUAUGAUUUGUCUCAGUUGAGGGUCCGAGCUCUUCCUGCCGAGAUAUUUGUCCAGAUUGCUCUGGCGUAUGAGAAAUGGCCAUUCCGCCUGUCCAUCGAGAGUAUUAUCAUGAUGAGCCCCGAUCCUCAGGCCGCAUAUAGUCUUGGGGAUGAUGGUUGA